AAUCUGUCUGCCUGCCAUAUUGAGAUCUUCUGUGUCCGAUUCUGCCAUGUCCGUCCUAUCCGUCCUUAUUCCGAGCUCUCUCUGCUCGUUCGCGACUUUAUAUAUAUUCCUCUCUCUAUCCAUUGUUUUGUCUCUGCCUGGCAUCCAUCGAUACCUGCGUCUACGGUCAAGCUUCCUAUAUAAAUCCCGCACAACAGCCGCCGACGCACAGCGAUCAAAGCGAGACCAAACAACCAUGGCCCCACCACCACCGCCCCCCGUGGAGCCCAUCAUCAUGACCGGAAUCGGCACGGACGCAGUCAACAGUUUCGAGGAUCUCUCGGGGAUCUCUUCUAAGCGAACAUCUCCCACCGGGACCCCAAAUCCCGAGUACGAGAACCCGUACGAUGCUCUAAUCGAAGCUUGCGAGCGCGAUCCAGCACAAAUCCAAGCCGCUUACCAGACCCACCGUACAACACGCAACGCAAACCAGCGAACACGGCUGCUGUCGGCCGAUUUCCCAGGCGUCACCAUCGACCCGAUCCUACAGGAGCUAGAGUACACACGGGACUCCCCGGCGGUGCAAUACGCCUUCCCCGGAUCGCCUCGGAAACGCAGAGAAGAUGAAAUCGACCCGCGCAACUGCCUCGUCUACUGGGCGCGGCCAACAGUCCCCGUAAUGGACCUGAUCGGACUCAUCCAGCUGAAGCUGAAGGAGCUCGCGCCGGACCUCUGGAUCAUGCCACGCGAGAACCUGCAUCUCACCGUGCUGGAGAUUACGCACUCCACGACGGCGGAGUUCAUCGAGACGCUGAUUGAGCGCAUGAAGCCAGGCUUGGAGAAGAUCGUCAACCAUCCGAAAACUCACCGCGCGCGGCUGGUGAAGCCCAUGCUGAGCUUUGAUGCCGCCGCGUUGGCGGUCAGCUUUGUCCCUGCGGCCGGUAAGGAGAGCGAUGAGUACACAUAUCAUCACCUCCGACGCGACUUCUAUGCUAUGAGUAAGGGCGCCAAUGUUGGUGUCACCAGUCGGUAUAUCGUGCCUAGCGCGCAUAUCACCAUUGCGAGGUUUGUCACUUCGAAGGAUCAUGAGGAUGAGAGUGGAGCUGUGGACAGGGCGAAGAUGCAGGCCUGGAUGGAGAAGGUGUGGGAGAUCAACCAGGAGAUCGAGAACUGGGAGGGAGAGUGGUUUGUCGGUGAAGAUAGAGGGAUCGAUUGUAGGGGCGGGCGGUUAUGGUAUGGAGGCGGCGAGACGGUCAUGAAGGCGGAGGGAUUCUAAUGGCUCUACCUAAUGUUUGUCUUUGGGUGUUUUCUACUUUUUUUUUUGUUUGCUUCCUAGGGAUACCAGAUACCAUCAUAUUACAGUUAGAUAAUUGUGUAGGAGGACUGUAUACGGGCAGUUCUUCCAUAGAGUAAUGCCAAUCAUGAUUUCUGCAAGGUUGCAGGUCACCCA